UAUAAGCUGCACAGGAGAUACUCAGUCAGUAUAGCAUUGUACAUCGCUGGAAGGGUAAUCGUACAUCUAUCUGCCUACACAGUCCAUCCGUCUCCCAUAAUGGCCGGACCCACAAAGAGCUUGGCUAAAGGCAGCCCUGCUCCAGGCCCAGUACCUGAUGGAGUAAUUCGUGCCUACAUAAUGAGAUUCUGCCCAUUUGCACAGAGGGCACAUCUUAUCUUGGUUGCCAAAGGAAUAAAGCAUGAACUGGUUUAUAUCAAUACACUGAACAAGCCUGACUGGUUCUUUGAAAAAAGCCCAUUUGGCCAGGUACCAGCGAUUGAGACCAGCAAGGGGCAGCUGAUUUACGAAUCUCAAAUUGUAUGUGAUUAUCUGGAUGAAGUGUUCCCUGGGAAAAAACUAACCCCCCAGGACCCAUUCCAAAAAGCCCAACAGAAGAUGUUGCUGGAACAUUUUUCCAAGGCUUCAACCGUUGCCUUUAAAAUUGUGGGGGCAAAAAAAAAUAAUGAAGAUAUAUCAGCGCUAAAGGCAGAGUUUUUGGAGAAGCUGGUUCAGUUUGAUCAGGUUGUGGCUAAACUGAAUACUCCUUACGUUGGCGGAAGCAGCGUCUCUAUGGCUGACUACAUGAUAUUGCCCAUUUUUGAACGAUUUGACAUUUUCGGAGUGAAAGACUGUUUGGAGAAAACCCCCCACCUGCUCCAGUGGUACCAGCUCAUGUUGCAGGAUCCAGCAGUCAAGGCCACACAUAUUAAGCCAGAGGCUUUAGAAGGUUUCUUUAAACUUUACCUCCAGGGCAAUCCAGAAUCAGUUGACUAUGACAUUUAAUAAUAGUGGCUUUCUACAUGGAAUAGAGUGACAUAAAGAAUAUAUUUGUAUUCCAAUAAAUACUUUUCUUAUGA